UUUUUAGGUCAGCCCUGGGGAAACUUGUUCUUUUUUUCCCCCACACCUUUCCAGAGAGACAUUACAUGUUGUUAUGAUGACGAUUGAUAUUUUCACAUCUGCGAGCUAAUUUCUAUUUGAAAAUCAUUUUAGGACCGGUAGUCAGACCAUCAAGAUGUCUGUGCUGUGGCUGCUGGUGGGUCUCCUUGCCCUUACUGACUCAUGUGAAAGCGGCAACUGGGGGUGCUAUGGAAACAUCCGAACCCUCGACACCCCUGGGGCGUCCUGUGGGAUUGGAAGACGCCGAGGCCUGAACUACUGUGGAGUGCGUGCUUCUGAAAGGAUGGCUGAAAUAGACAUGCCAUACCUAGUGAGGUAUCAACCCGUGAUAUAUACCGUUGGCCAAAAGUACUGUAUGGAUCCUGCAGUGAUCGCUGGUGUCAUGUCCAGGGAGUCUCCUGGUGGCAACGUGAUCAAUAUGGGCAACGUGGGCGACGGAAUCAGGGUUGUGCAGGAUUCUGGCCAUCAUGUCCCCACAUCCUGGAUUACUGAGUCCCAGCUUUCCCAGAUGACUGAGGUCCUGACUCUUAGAAUCAAAGAAAUCCAGAGGAGGUUUCCAACCUGGACACCUGAUCAGUACCUGAGAGGUGGACUAUGUGCGUACGGUGGAGGUCCUGGCUAUGUCAGAAGCAGCCAGGACCUGAGCUGUGACUUCUGCAAUGAUGUCCUCGCUCGAGCCAAAUACUUCAAGAGACACGGCUUCUAACACUGCAGAUCAAACCCAAGGUUAUUAUCACACAUGAGGCCUCAAUUGCUUCACAGAUAAAACUAGCUUCUUAUCACUGCGAAUAUGAGUUUGACCUGAAGGUCGUCAAAAUAACAUGAAUCACAUUAAAGGAAGAAUUA